AUGAAUACGUUCAGUAAGCUAUUCAGCAACGCGUAUAGCGGCGCAUACAGCGGCACAUAUAACGGCGCACAUAACGAGGAACCAAAUGAGUGGAAAAAGGGAAACGUAUCAAAAGUGGGCUCCACGCAUACGCUGUUAAAAAGUGCACCCAACCAGUAUAGGCAAUGGAACAACGUAAACUUUGCAGCGAAGAAAAAUGUCGACAUUGGAGAAGUAGUCAUAACAAAUAUUAAGAAGGAGGAACCGGUGUUGCUACCACAUAGGGCACACAAUCUGGGUGGAUUCUCGAACAGUUGUGCGUCUAGACAAGUGGGCAAACAGAGUAGUUCCUUCAAUGUGCAGGCAAAAAGUAACUCCUUUGGUAGAAAUGCAAAGGGGGUAAGUAACAACGGGUACUCAUUAUACAAUCCUCACAAUUUGUUCAAUGCGUAUAGAUUGAAGAAUCCGUAUUACCACCUACAAAAUGCUUUGCUCAAAUAUGAGUCUAAUUAUCCUGACUGUGGGGUACUGAAAGGGAAAUCGAAUAGUACGGCUCAAAAUGGAAAGAUAAUUUUACAACAAAAGUGGUGCCCUCCCCCCAAGGAUUACCUACCACAGGUUGAUAUUAAUACAAAUGACAAUUAUGAACAGAGGAAAGGAGCCUAUGUCCAUCAUAAGGAUAAUCAAUAUAGUGACAAAGGCAGUAAUGUAAUACUUAGAAGUAAUGCCUACCCUAAUUGGGGGUUGCAAGCUAGCUUAAAAAAUUAUGUUAAUUUCCCCCCCGUUGAAGGAAACACGAAAAAUGAAGCACUAUGUAGUGAUAACUUUUAUGGGAAGGAGAAAAUUGGGAGGUCACUGAGCCACAUGAAUAGGGGUGAAAACGAAAAGAAAAGUCAUGUUAUCGAAACGGGGAUAAAAAAUGUCACACAUGAAGGGAUGUUCAGUGAGGCAACAAAUAUUCCGCAUAGGAGUCUUCUCAGCAGUACCAAAGUUGGGCAGCCCCCCGAUGGUAUCAGCAGUAAGAACGGCCGGAGUGGCACCCAUGUCGAAAGUGAAAUGCUCACCAAGUCAGGUGGCCCACUGCACAGAAAUGUAUGCCCUAUGACGCAGUUGACCUUGAAUGGAAGUGGGGUCCCCCUGAACGAAAGUCAGUAUGGGAAAAACGUAAAUGAAAAUUUCCUCAGCAGAACCUACUCUCUUAAAAGUAUUAGUCACAAAAGUGUAAGCAAUUUGAGGAGGACGGAAAAUCAAAUAACCCCAUCUGCACUUACUUCGAGUGAACAGAGAAUGGGAGAAAAACCCAUUUCAAAAGUAACCCCUCGGGAAAAGCUCCCUCACGAGGUGCAUUUAGCACGAACGGGAGGGGAAAACCGUUACGUGAUGCAAAGCGCAAACGGAAGCAUUCAUACAGACGCGGAAUUGAAGGCGAACGUUAAUCUACGUGAACUGCGUAGCGGGGAAGUACUCAAUGGGCAACAGAACAGAUUCACGAACAGGUUUGAUGACCCAUUCACAGUGCAGAGAAGCAAUCCGUUCGUGUGUUCGGCGAAAAAUGGCAAAUCGUACAGCGCCAGUUAUGGCAAUUUCUUCGCCCCGCAGAGGCAUAACCCCUUCGGAGGAAGCGGCAACCAGGGAGGCGGCGACCAACGCGGCAGAAACCAGGGCGGCGGCAACCAACGCGGCAGAAACCAGGGCGGAAGCAACAACCCUUUAGCCAUGCUGAGUAAAGAAAGCAUUGCUUACAAAAAUGGCAGAGCGCCAUGCCUGUAUGCCCCCAACAAAGAAGCAAACGACAGGGGGGAAAGCAGCCACACGGCCUUGAAGUACGUCCAUCCAGAACCAGUACACAGGAGUAAUGCCCAAAUGGAUGGUAAUAAUGAAGGGCAUAAUUUCACCCUACGGAAGAACGUAAACCAGAGCAUCUGCAAUUUUGUGAGUCCAAUUGAGUACUACACCACGCAGGAAGACGAGGGAGGAAAGGAACACAGCCUCAUCGUGCAAAACGACAUACAGCAAUUUAGAAAUGAAGACCUUCAAAAGUAUUAUGCACUUAAAGGGAAGAUCUCUCAAAACUGGAACCAUAAUGGUAGCGGUUGUACCAAUCAUAUCAACGGUGUGAGGAAUGGCAGCACAUGUAAUGGGGGUAGCGACCCUGUGAUGUUAUCCAAAGGAGUGAAUCGCAUCCCCCAUGGUUAUAUUCAUCCGCCUUCUCCUGUCCAUGUCAAUAGCAGUAGCGAGGGAACCGUUUCAAAAAAUGUAAAAGGGAUCAGCAGUGAAGGCGGUGUAAACGUGGUUAGCGGCAACUGUGUUAAGGAGAUGGCAGCUGAGAUGGACAAUAGGAACCAUCACGGAAAUGAUAUUGGUGGGGAAAAAACGGAUAAGCAGUGUAAUAAUAGCUUAAUUGCGCACGUAACUAAUGGAGGUGUAAGUUACUGGGGAGGAGCAGCUAGAGGGCCGGAAAAAGCGAGUACGUCCGAAAUGGCAAUAAAUGGAACAUGUAAGAGCAGGGCGGCGGAGAAAAGCUACCCCCAGAGUGGUUACUACGUAAGUAACAGCAACGGUCGCAGUGGAAAAGACGAUGAGAAAACAGGUGCAUAUGGCACACGAAAUGGGAAUAUCCCUAACCAUUUUAGCACUGCAGCGCAGUUCUCGGGUUUGAACAGAACACAGGAAAGGGCCACUCCUGAGAAUCCCCCCCUAGAAAGUAAAAAAUCAGCCAAAAAAUGGGAGCCCGUUAAAAGUAAUACCGUAAUGAUGGAUAGUAAUAACCAUUUGCCUUGUGUUAGUAAGGGCAGUACCUUUAGUGAGGGACGAGACGGAGAUAUCUCCCAUUUUGAGGGAAAUACCUCCCAUUUUGAUGGGAAUGGGAAUGGAUUAAUAAUGACGGAAAAGAGAAAAACUAAUUUUAAUGCACCAAGUGAAGGCGGUACCCACUCGAGAGAAACACCACAAGGGAGAUCCAAUACGUGCUGCGAUAAAAAGGAAACGUUAGACAUUUUCGCGAACGUUCGUGGAACUGUAUUUCAUAAGGAAGAGGCGAAGGAAAAAAUAAGUGAAGCAGUCAUGGAAGAUGGUAAAAAAAAGAAGGUAUAUUUAUGCACCCGAAAUGGUGGCCCUCACAUUAGUACCGUUAAACGGUGCAGCAUGGCCAAGACAGGGACUGCAUACAAAGGUAGGGACACUCCGAUGCUGCAAUGGAAUAGGGGAUGUGGCCCUAACGUAGGCAGUGCUGGACAGGGUCUGGCGCAGGAGGAGGGAGAUGAAACUGUGCUCAAGGUUGUCCACUCUGGCAAUAGUAGCGAUGUGAAUAAGGAUGCCAAUAACGGUGUCAAUAACGAUGGCAAUAAUGGUGAUGGUGACGAAUGGGGGGGUCAUCCACAAAAUGAAGGGAAGAGAGAAGCAGUAGGGGGCUACGUUCAGGGAAGCAUACACAAUAGGCAGUCGCGUGUGAGUCUUUGCAAACGCUGGGAAGAAGCAAACCAUCUAGGUGGAGAAAAAACCCAUUUGGAGACGCACAAUGAGCAGAAUUGCGAAGCGAGUGGGUGGUCCCCAUCCAACCCGAGUUUUAUUUUAGGAGGUGCGAAGGGCAGCAGCAAGAUGGUCCAAAGUGACAAUCAGGAAAACUACCAUUUGUAUGAAGCGUUGUCCGCUAAAUAUCCCGCCCAUGGGAAUGACCCCCAAAGUGCCAACGCAGGAACUACACAGUGGAGUAAAGAAAAAGGGGGGAAACACAUUUUGAAUAAAAAUAUAAACGAAUUAAAAAACGGCGCGAUGAAGAAGCACAGCAUGGAAAACUUAACCGACUCGUAUAUUUAUCACUUAAAUAAUUUGAACAGAAAUGCCAAGAUGAGAAGCGAGAAGGGGAAGUUAAAAAUGAAUACACACAGUUCCAGCGUUCUGGAGAGGCAUGUUCCAUGUGUGAGUAGCACUGAAAGGGGUGACACGGAUAAGAGGGGUGUAGGGGGAAAGGGUACCAAAAGGGAAGACGGAGUGCAUUACAUGAGGGACGAUCAAACGGGAGAAACAAAAUGCACUAAUUCGGGCGCAUCAAAUGGGAAAAGUAGCCACCAUGUUAAUAGCGAAUUGUCCUCUCAAAACACGAAUAAUAGCAAUAGUGGAGGACACUGCGAGGGGCACUUAAAGGAUAGUUCCUAUUCUGAAGGUGUGAGCUUACUCGGUAGGGGAAAUCAAACGGGUAGUCUUUUCCAAAUGGGGGAAGCGUUUAGCAGCUCUUCGCAAAAGAGGGACGUGGAAGGGAACGACCUUUUGGCACAUGUUAGGGGAAGUAACCUGAAGGAGGGUCCCGUUGAUGGUGUCUCUGAAAGGAGAGCCGAUGGGGCCGGGGACUCGGAGGGGGCGUUCGAUAAGGGCGCGAAUGGUAGCAACGAUGGGGGUAGCAGUAGGGGCAGAGAUGUAAGCGGUGUGAGUGGCAUGAGCGGUGUGAGCGGCAUGGACGAUAUGAGUCGUGUGAGCGACAUGAGCUGCCUCAACGAUGGGAGCCACGAACCGAGCGACGGAAAUAAAACAGCGCGAGCGCGGAAAGUAACCCUGCCGUGGAGCAAGGAUCACAUAGUUAAAAUGAACUACAGAAGUAGGAGCAUGAAGGGGAAAAGCAGUAUCACCAUAAACACCAAGUUGGCCAGAUACGAAAGGGUGCUGAUCCACACGUGCAUUAGCAAACUGAAUUGGAAAAAAUGCAUUGACAAUGCAAACAAAGGAAUCUUCUACUGGAUAGGAUAUAACAUAACCGAUUUUGACCAUUACAAUUAUAUGAAGAAGAAAAAAAUUAUAAACAGAAUUCCAUCCAUGUAUAUGUAUACGAAGAAAAAGGCCUUAACAUUUUUACUGUCCCACUUGUCGUUGAUUUUCCCCUCCCUAUAUGAUUUCUACCCAAACACAUUUGUAUUGCCAGAAAAUAAAAAUAUUAUAAAGUACAUUCUGAACAGCAAUAAUAAAGAUUACUACAUUAUGAAGCCAGAUUGUGGAAGCAUGGGAAUAGGAGUCAAAGUGAUACAUAAAUAUAGCGACAUUAAUAUAAAUAUUUUGAAUGGGUACAACUGCUAUAUUAUUCAAAAGUAUAUAGAUAACCCCCUGUUGAUGUAUAAGAAGAAAUUUGAUUUUCGCAUAUACAUUUUAUUACUGCCCGGGAAACAUUACCCUAAAAUAUACUUGUCCAAAAUUGGCUUUGCUAGACUGUGUACAGAGGAAUAUAAAAAAAAAAAGAGAUACAUUUAUAACACCUUUAUACAUUUGACUAACUAUAGCAUUAAUAAAGACAAUGAGAAAUAUAUUAGAAAAAAAAACAUCCAUGAUAAGAAUAAUAAUAAGCAGCUACUCAGUGAUGUUUUUAUUUAUCUGAAGAAUAAUGGGUACGAUAUUGAUGAUAUAUGGAAACAGAUUAAGAAAAUUACUUGUCUAACUUCUUUGGCUAUUUAUUCCUACAUUAAGGAAAAGAUUAAGUACAAUUUUAAUAAUAAUUUUUAUUUUUAUCAGCUAAUUGGGCUGGAUAUCCUUCUGGAUGAUACUGGCAAAGCGUGGUUGCUGGAGGUUAACUCUAAUCCGUCCCUCCGUAUUGACUACAUUGACCCAAGUUACACCAACUUUGAGAUCCAGUUAGAGAGCAUGUUCGACAGGUAUGUUAAGGAGCCCGUGAUAAGCGAAAUGUUUUUAAUCGUGUACCGGAAGAUUUAUAAAAAGUAUUUGUGGAGGAGGGGCAAGAGGGGCGCCCCCCCAGGCGUAAGUAUUGGGGAAGACCAAACGGGGAAAGAGGGGAAAGCGGGAAAACUCGGAAAACAAGGCAAACUCGGCAAACACGGCAAAGCUGACAGAAUAGGCAGAGUGAAGGUUCAAAGCGGGUUCACGCACGACACGUUUGUCCCCGUCAAUAUCAGGGGUGUCAAAAAUUGGGGGGCGCACAAAAAAAAGACGGGCAAAAAGGUGGGCGCACAAAUGGGCGCACAAAUUGGCGAAAAGAUGGGCGAAAAGGGCGAGCCUGGUGGCACUUAUUUACCGAAGGAGAGUCCCAAAUCGGACAUACCCUGCAAUAACCAAAUUGACAAAAAAAACGGCCUCACUCGGAAUGGCGGUGUAGGUAAAGUGCUCUCAGGUGGCCGCACGAUGUACCCCCAAAAGGGGUGCACAGAUCACUUACCGCGUAAUGACCAGUGCGAGUCGAUAAGCAAGUGUAAAUUGAGUGGCACGCAAAAGGGGAAGCUGGGGAGUAAUACGCAGGUGAUGAACAGGAUGAUAAAAAGAAAGGGGAAAGCGAAAAAUAAUUUAUUCUUGAAAAAGGAAAACAUGAGCAACGUCGACACGUGCGUUGAUGAAAAUGAUAUCGGCAGCUUCAGUUUGUCCAACGAAAUGGACAACGAGGCUGAGGGAGGGAGCAUCCAACUGGAAAGCAGCAAUGGUAAGGGGUACGCAGCGAGGGUGACGAACCGAGGCGGUGGGGAGACCCCUCCAAACGAGGGAAUCACAUCGAACGAAACGAGCACAGAAAUGGGGCAAAACGGUAGGUACUCCAGCCGACCGUCCAGCAGCACCACCGGUUAUUUAAACGGCAUAGUGCAGAAAGAACAUGGCGAUGAUGCCCACGGGGGGGACCAUCCGCGGAGGCAGCCAACAAAUGUGAAGAGAAAGUAUGCAAAUGAGCAGGCGGCCAAUUACGACGAAGGAGAGGGCUCCUUUUCGAACGAGGAAAGGGUGUAUACCAGCUCAGAUAUGGACUAUGAAGAUGACGAAGUGCAGAAUGGGGGACACGCAAAAAAGAAUGCUGUGGAGGGCAGAAAAGAGGGAAGUGGCAGCACGUACACAUACGACUGUUAUAGUAGCGGUGGUAGAAGCGGUGGCGGUAGCGGUAGCGGAAGCGAUGGGAGUGUGAAAUAUGUGGGCAGAAACUUCGUUAAGCAGCUAGGGGGAAAGCAAAAUGGCGUCCUAACCGCGAAGUGUAAUAAAGAGGGACGAUCGCGGUACUCCAGCAGGGGGGAGAAAGACCCACGUGAGGAAGAAAUGAACCAAAUGUGCAGUUAUGAAGAAGUGCUAAAAAGGGAAAACAAACUAAUCGAGACGAACAUCCUAAAUAAAGAGACGUACGUACAGAUAGAUAACCAAGAAGAUAUCCAGCUUGACAAAUUCCUAAACGAUGACGUAGAAACGUACAAAUCACUCUCAAGAAAUAUUAGUGACAGUGUGUAUAAAAAAAAAAUCGAAAAUUUUAUUAUGAUUAGAAGUAACCUAUAUAAAUAUAUGAACUGCUUAAACGUCCUGGGAAUUCGUUACAUAAAUAAUAACGAUAUAAACAGCUUUGAAGAAUUGUAUAAUAAGAACAUUUCGUUUGACUUGAAAAAGACGUACACAAAAAUUAGGAAAGAUAUUUUACACCCCCUAAAAAAUAAUGUACUAGAAAAGAACGUAUACAUAAAUUUAAAAAAAGAAACGAGCAAAUAUUAUAACGAAAUGAAAAUAUACAAUGACUGUUAUUUUCUGUUCGAUUUUGUGCUAAAAAAAUAUGACAAAAAUUUGAAGAAGAAGAAUAAGAAGGUCGAAUAUCAUAUUGACAAAAAUACCUUCCUGUGCAUGUGUGCAGAUGUAAAAAUAAAUAAAAUAAUUGAAAAUGUGGAUAUCCCCACGAGCAGUUACAAUAAUUUGUUUGACGCAAAUAAAGGCACGCACGAAAAUCAAAUGUUUCAAAUCGUUAAGGAGGUCUUGAAAAAUAAGAAUUGCGAGAGGAAGGGGAAUUCCGGAAUGCACAGGAGAAGGCACGUCAGUGAUGAGAACUGCUCGAACAACUCCAGCUUUGGGGACCCCCCUGAUUUGUCAAACGGGAUUUUGUCGGAGGACCGCGUUUACAGGCGCAGGGGCAGAGGGGGGGAGGAAGCUGCAAAAUUGUCUGCCCUCCGAGGGGGAAUUAGCGGCAUUGGCGGUGUUGGCGGCGUUGGCGGUGUUGGAGGCACCUGUGGCAAUGGUGGCAAUGCCGACCGUGACUGCACCACUCGCGGCCUCAACCGCUGCAAUGAGCAACCCGGAAACGGCUCGUAUUACGCAUCCAUCUUCUGCCCCUUUUCCCUAGUCCCAACGUCAAACAAUCUGGUGAAUUUCAACACCAUAGGAAUUGGCAGCACCAAGUACAAAAGCAAGAGGCGGAAAAAAAUGAACAUUUACGACUUGGAAUAUUUAUUUAUGAGGCAAGUGUUCUUCAGCAAGUACAUUAACAAAAACCAAGGCUUAACAGUUAUCGAUUUUUUUUUACUAAUGCAACAGGUAGCCCUUUUGAUAUUCCCCUUCAUCAGCUACGUUAGCGCGUACAACGUUUCGUACCCCUAUAAUGGCACCCUGUUUGAGGAAUUGAACAAUCAAGGAAAUAGUUUGUUCGUCAGUGGGGGCCCAGACACGGGCGUGGGAGGCGUGAAAAAGUGCGUUAAGAGCAAAAAGAAAGGAGAGAAGGAUAGGGAUAAUAACGCUUACUCAAAAAGGGAAAAUAAGGGCUGCACGGAUUGUAACGGUUGCAAAAGUUGUAACGAUGUGGCCAAUUCGGCGAAAACAAACGCCAACGGCUUUCUUCAAAAGGGGGGAGAAGUACCAUAUGACCCGUUGCAUUCCGAAUUGAGUAGAACAAAUUGUACCAGGAAUGGCAUUCACCACGUGGAGGAGAAAAAAAAAAAUAAUUAUUUAUGGCACAAAAAUGUUUGCAGCAAUGUUUACAACUUGUAUGAGUACAUUCAAAUAGGCGUUAACCCCGCUGUUAAAAAUGUUUGUUUGGAAACUUUUUUAAAUUUUAUCUUUAACAAGUACGGAAUAAUACAGUUUUCGUGA